CACACAUGCACACAGAGGGAGGUGAAGAAGACAUGGGGAUGGGGUGGGGAAAUUAAACAAAGAUUUGAUCGGAUUCUGUAACGGCAUGUAGAGGUAGAGUAUCUGGUUUCUGUCUGAGAGGAUCCAGUUACAUCAGAAGUACAGAAGCAUUUAUUGUGUAUAUUAUUACAACAGAUCUGGGUUAUAGGGUUGACAUUUUCUUUAUUUCUUGUGUGCGUGUUGCAGUUUAAUGGUGAAUUAAUGUUGUUAUUUUGUUGUCUUAGUCAGUGCUAAAGAUUUGGUAAUAACUGACAACAAUCAAUGACCUAUUCAGACACAAAGAGUGACACAGAUUUGAGUGAUAUUUAAAGUGACAAUUUAGUCACGCAUUCUUUUGCCAGAGGCUUUUUUUUACUUAUUAUUUAUUUGGUUUUGACUUUUAAAAGUUACUAUUUGGAGUGAUAAAGGAUAUUUAAAGGUAUUAGUUCCUGACUCAAUGACGUGUGGGUUAAUUUGGAGUUUGAUUGUUAAGGGUAUUAAGAUAUACUAAUAAUAUUACUGUUUUCUUUGUAGCCUCUGAUUCUUUACUGAGUUAAAUAUGUAUUUUCUUCAAAUCGAUCCAUCAGAUAAUAAUAUUCAAUGUCUGCUGCUUUAAGAAAAAAACUGUGAACGUUUCAUCCCCUGCUAAUCCUCUCUUUCAUACACACACACAUGCACACAUGCACACACACACACACACAAUUUGUCUGCAGACAGUCUUUGGCAUACAAACACAUCACACCCUGAGGGGUUGCCAUGGUAACAGGAUGGAGAGAGGGGGAUGAAAGCUUUGAUUUAACUCUCUGAGGAUUUCAAUCUGUGAAUCCAAAUGAAGCUGCAAAUGUAUUUGUGUGUGUGAUUGUGUGUCAGGAAAUCUGAAUGUUUCUCUGUGUGUUUGUGACUGCGUCAGUGGCUCUGAUCCAAACCUCCUCGAUUAAAACAACCAGCUGCACACAUGACCACAAAAUGGACGCCACUCUUCAUCUGCUUUACCUUCUCAUCCAUCUCCAUUUCCUUACUCUGUAUGUGUGCUAUCCGUGCGAGCCACGGAAUAAAGGACAGAACUGAAUUAAAUGAGCACACUCUAAUUGUUGGUGAUGAAACAACCUAAAUGCUCGUCCAGGUCUAAUCGUCUGUUGGUCUAUUUUGGAUCAGAUCUGACCCAGUUUUUUCCAUUUUCUUAACUUAAAACUGGCACACUGGAGUUCAGGCCAUUCUUUUCACGCUUAUACCUUAACAUACAAUAUAAUGAAAAUCGCUCUCCUGUGAAUUGUGCGUAUCAUACAGAUUGACAGAUGUCUCUGAAAUAAUUGUUUUAAUAUAAUAUAAAUGUUUUAAUAUUCUUUUACCAGUGCAAGCAGCUCAAGCUAGACUCCUUUAGUUGCAGAGUAGAUAACCUGGUCACCUAAAACUACAGCUGUCUGCAGAGACGAAUUUAAAGAACGCAUUCUUGUGUUUUCUGUAGGAAUGAAACAGUGCUGGCUCGUCUCUUUUAUCCCUCUGCGGCCUCGUUGGUAUUCUCAGAGGGAAGCGGAGCGGCAGAAAGGAUGAACCGCCUCGCUCUCUUUAUCUCAGAUGCUCUCACUUCGUGCCAAACCCUGCAGCCUGGCAACAGCCAAUCAAAGCUCAGCUCUGAGACCUGGUUUCUCUGCAUAGCGACAAGCCAAAAUGCAGAGCGACAGGGCAAGAAGGAGGAGGAGGAGGAGGAGGAGGAGGAGGAAAGGAGAAGGAGAAGGAGAAGGAGGAGGAGGAGGAGGAGGAGGAGGAGGAAGAGGAAAAGCAGGAGGAGGAGGAAGAAGAGGGUUGUCUACAAGUUCCAUGCUUAAUCACUUGCUUAAGGUUCCAUUAGAAGAACUAUGAAGCACAUCAAGUAAAAAUGAGUUUGGGAGAUAUUUGAGACACUUUAUCAAUUAAUACAAAAAGUUUACUGUCACACAAAAACAAAAACAUAGUAUUAUUUCAAAUGGAUUAUUCGAAUUAUUACCUAUUUUGUUUUUAAUUGAUAACCAAUGUAUUAAUUCAAGACAAUCAAGCAAGUAUUUUUUAAAUUAUUGUGUGUUAUUGUAUCAUAUAUUAAAUUAAAACUUUGAUUUUAAGAUGUAUGUUUUGUGAUCAGUAUCUCAGUGGAAGAAGAAUUGAAAAGUCCUGCAUUGAAAAUGUCACUUCAAUACGUAUACAAGUAUUAGCAUUAAUAUACACUUGAAGUAGAAAGGAGUUAUUGUAGUCAUCAUGCAAAACGUUGAAUAUAUCAAUCAUAUUAAUGGACUUUAAUUAUCAAUACACUGUUCAUCUCUUUACAGUGGCAACUACUAAAUGUGAAACUCAUUGUAAUUCAUAGGAAGUGCAUAAAUGGCUGGGUAGACAUAACAUAUCAUAAUGAAAAUAGGAAAUGAAGUAAAUGUUCAGUAGAAUUCAUCGUUUGUAUGUCAUGGGUUACGUUGAGUUCAACCUGGAAUCAUUAUUCAUGAACACAGCUGAGAUCAUUUAUAAUUCAAGAAGUCAGACCUCAGCCCUGCACACCAACCAGUUACCAUAAAGGACCGUUUCAGUAGGGUUUUUUUUACGUAUCUGAAAAAGCUCUAAAGUAGUAGUAAGUUAAUUGAUUUUCAGUAGCUUGACUGAAUGUGUCAGCUGAUCAACUACUUGAGCUUAAAACAGCUGUUCACACACACUUUUCCAACGAUUUCAUUAAACGUCAACUAUGUUUAAAUAUUUACUACUAUAAAAUCACACUAUAUUUAUUUCUGACCAUUGGAGCCUUAAGAAAAUAGCUAGUGAUAGUGGUUUAAGCGUUAUAGUUGUAUGAUAACAUUAAAAAAAGUGGUGUGGAGCUGUGUUAGUUUUAAAGCAGAAACACCCAAAGAGAAACAAUCCCAUCUUAUGCACUCAUCAGCCAAUUAGAAGCUGAGCUGUCAAAGAGAAAUAUGGAGACAAACUGGUCAAACCAGGAACAUGUUCAACUGAAACCCUUUUGACAACAGAGAGGAAGAGAAACAGAGAGCGAGAGAGAAAGAAAGAGAGAAAGUCAGAGAUUUGAGCCACAACAACGCACACUACAUGUCUGGAUUUUUGUUGGGUUUUCCACAGAAGAACCUGACCGGAACAUGGAAACUGAAGCAGCUGAGCCCUUUGACAACAAUGCAAACAAACAAACGUGUCUGGUUGAGAGACCUUCACAGGGAAAUGAACAGAUACUACCUGUAAUACAUAUCCAAGAGGAUAAGGCAACCAAUGACUGUGACCCAGAAAAUCAAACAGACACGAGGGGGGCAGAGCUUCUAAAGGCGAGUCAGUGGGUCAAAAGCAUCAUAAAAGAGGACUUUAGCCAGCUAAAGGAAGAAGUGUUCAAUGUGUUCAAGGAGACAGACACAAGCUCAUCAAGUCAUGCAGAAAAUAAACCUUCCCCCAGCACACUCAAUCUCCUGAAAGAGGACCUGAGCCAGUUCAAAGAAGACGUGACCAGCAUCUUCAGCUCGCCCAAAGAAACAAAGUGUACAGAUCCUAAAACCAGCCGCUCAGCAGAGAAUUCCAUCAACCGCCUGAGCUUUCUUAACUUUAAAGACGACCUCUUUAACGUCUUCAGAAUUGGUCUUUCAAAGGAGAAAGACAACAGAGAUGCCACUGCACAGUCAGACUCAUCCAACACCUUCAAUGAAACAGCUAAAAGGGCAGACAAACCCUUUAUGCAGACUCUGUUUAGAAGAGACCAAAAGAUUUCCCAGAAGGCAGAGAACACUGUGAAGCUUGAAAAGACAUUCUCAGAGACGACCAAAAAACAAGUGGACGAUGGUUUCAGGGAAAACCUCUCGGAACACAAUGAAGAGACGGUUAAUACCCUGAAACCCGGCAACAACAUGGCAGACAGAUUGAAUAAAGAGGAGGACAGUGAAGUGGAUGUAACUGUGAACGGUGAUGAGCAGAAAACAAGUCAAUCUGAAACACAACACAGUAAGGAGACAAGUCCUACACCACAGGCAGCCAAGCAGAGAUGUGAGAGUGAAGAGUGGAGUGACAGCAACACUUUUUGGUCAGCAGAAGACGAGAGGAUAACCAAAGAAGAAGAAAAACAAGAUGAAAAGCCUGAAGAAGAUGAAGAAAAAACAGAACAACAACAACAAAUGAAGCCACCCGAGAUUGUUCUCUGGGAGCCUUUGUCCUCUGGGAGCAAUCUCUUUAGUCCGAAAAACCUGGGCAUGGACGACAUGAAGACUCGGCCGGUACGAGACUUCUGGGCGCUGAAAAACUUUGCCUGUUAUUUGACCUUGGACCCCAACACGGCAAACUCAGAGCUCCGUCUGACGGACGGCAACAGGAAGGCGACCCGAGUGUGGUCGGACCACCGGCGCUGGGAGCAUCCCGACCAGUUUGAGCUCUGCCCUCAGGUCCUGUGCAGGGAGGGGCUGCUGGACUCGGUGUACUGGGAGGUGGAGUGGAGCGGUGGCGCUGACAUCGGCGUCGCCUACAACGGCAUCUCCAGGAAAGGGGUCCCCGCCAGCUGCCUGCUGGGACAGGGCGAGGGGUCCUGGAGCCUGGAGUGUUCGGAGGGAGCUUAUACGCCGUGCCACAAUAACCACAGAUUCAGGUCCUCCUCACCUCAGCCCUUCGCCCACAGAGUCGGGGUUUACUUGAACUGGUCUGCAGGCUGUCUGUCAUUCUACUGCGUCUCUCGGGACACCAUGGUCCACCUUCACACCUUCACAACCACUUUCACUCAGCCUCUGUACCCGUGUUUCUGGCUUUGGUCCUACGAUGGCUCAGUGUUGCUGAAUCAGGUGGAGUUGGACUGGGAACGACUGCUGCAGUGAACUACUAAGAGCAAGUGGAGACCGCAGACU